GUUGGCUCUGGUGAGCAUUUGCAUGACUAAGAGCAUAGUGGGGGAGGACCUGGUCUAUUGUUGCAGAUACUAGGUUGACGGUGGACAGUUGGUUGACAGACAUGGGCAGCAGUGCGUUAGCAGUUCUCUCACUUGUGGCGCUCUUCCUCCAUCAAGGAGAGGCGAUCAAAUGCUACGUGUGCUCAUCCCAACGAGACCCAGUUGCAAGGAUCCGUUCAUCAGCAAUCAGCACGAGCACUUACUAACCCACUGCUCGCAGGACAGUAUGAGGAACAUCAAUGACAUCAUCCCGGGGGUGUUCAGCAACUUCGGCUACCACACUUCUCAGCCGGAGGACUUCGCCUGCGUCAAAGCGGUCACUAGACACUAUGACCGGGAGGAGGUGGUAAGGAGUUGCAGCAUCCCACGGGCAGACACCUUCGACGUCUGCAGCCAACUAAAGUCGCGCGACCUCACGUUCUGUGAGACCUGCACCUCAGAAUCUUGCAAUGGGGCGCGGGGCCUCGCCCCCUUGGCUCUCCUAGCAGCCGCUCCUGUCCUAGCCCUACUCUUCAACAAGUACUGACCAGAUAUCUGUCUCAAAGACAACACUUUAGAGCCGUGGUGGCAUUACAUCAGGAGUUUUAGAUUCUAUACAGGUUAGCAACGCUAAGCAGAAUUGUUACUAAGAAUCGCCACGGCCUUUUGUAUAAUGAACGCAAAUGGUUCCUUUCUAAAUUGACAUGGAAGAUUAAAUAUACAAAGAUGUAUCCUUUUUAAUUUUUUGAUAAAAUGGAUAUAUCUUUAGAAAUGGUGCUUAAACCUAUUAUCUCUAUAAAAACACAGCACCGUAAUACUUACAACAAUAAACCAAUAACUGAAUAUAUAAUAAAACUCUAAUAAUAUGUAAGUUUGUAGAUACUGUCAAACUACUAGUAAUUUAUUAUAUGUUAUUUUUAUAACCGAUGAUGUAAUAGUUUUUAAGUUUUAUUGUCACUACUAUUAAAGACAUUUAACAAUUGUUUCUGUUCUACUGCUUGA